UAGAUAAUCUUUCGUCUCCCCAAAAAAAGAAGACUCCAAAACCAAAACCUCGCCGUUUCUCGCCCAGUCAACCACUUUCUCUCCAUUUCUUUCCUGUCCAGCUGGUCUCUGUUCCUUUCUGUCUCUCCAUCAACCUCUUCUCUGCUUCUCUUUGCUCUGCCGUUCACGCUCGCUCGCCUCCCUGCCUCCCUUACUGCUCCUGUCGGCUCCCGUGACUCCCUGCGGAUCCUCCAUCUCACAGCCCGGAACUUCUUCAUCCUGCUGGCUCCGACGCGAAGUCCUGCUUCAUCCACCACCCGACUCCACGAGUCUUCUCUCGGCUAUACCACCUUUCUAGACAGUUUCUCGACAAUACCGCCAAGGUGUCUUCCCUACUAAUUCCCCGGACCAUCUCCUUCCCUCCCGAGCUCGACACGGGGCCCCAGCGGCUUUCCCCGGAUUCCAAGAUGAGCCAGACGAAGAUGGGAAGGAGAAGAAGGUCCAGCAGCAUUAUCUACCAGGAGCCUCCUGAGUCCAUCGAGCAUACCAGCGACCAGGCCGCCCUGCCCAAUCUCAAUGCCAACUGGGUCAACGCCAAGGGAGCCUGGACAAUCCAUUUCGUUCUCAUCAUUGCCCUCAAGAUCUUCUACGAUAUCAUUCCAGGUGUCUCGCAGGAGACAUCGUGGACUCUCACCAACAUCUCCUACAUGUUUGGUUCCUUCCUGAUGUUCCACUGGGUGCGGGGUGUCCCAUUCGAAUUCAAUGCGGGUGCAUACGACAACUUGAACAUGUGGGAGCAGAUCGACAAUGGCGACCAGUAUACUCCGACGAAGAAAUUCCUGCUCAGCGUGCCCAUUAUCCUGUUCCUCCUCAGCACCCACUACACGCACUACGAUUUGACUUAUUUCAUUAUCAAUUUCCUUGCAACCUUGGGCGUGGUCAUCCCGAAACUUCCGGUGUUGCAUCGGUUGCGGAUAGGCCUCUUCUCCGAGGACUCAGAUGAAUCAUAGUUCUUCAGUUUUCUUACCUUAUCAAUCGGCUCGAUUUCAUUGCACCUCUCUUAGCUCUCUCCUGGAUCUUUCUUUGUGUCUGUACCAUCGAUCGAGGCUGGAUAUGAACCCCCCUGCUCGCGAUGCGCUUUUUUUUUUUUCUAUUUUCUUCUUUUCCUUUUCCCAUAAGAGCUCUCCUUCUCUGUGUGUUUGUUGG